AUGGCAUUAUACUGUCAAAUAAAUUGUGAGUUGAAAUUUAACUAAAAUAAUUCAUAAAUACGACUAAAUGUCACGUUAUUUUAUAAAACGUAUAUUGAUUUUAUUUAGGUGUAUAAUAUUUAAAAGAGAAUUUAAUAUGGGGUGAAUAGUUAUAGUACUGCUUAAAGCUUUAUUGUGUGCGCAAAUUUUAAACAAAAAAAAAAAACGCCAAAAAGGGUUAAUGUGCUGUAGAAAUCUACGUAAUGGAAAUAGACGUUACUCCAGAUGGUAAUUUGGAAAAAACUGGAUCUGACUCAAGUCAUGCAGAAGAAGAAAAUUUGGAAAAUGCCAGUGCUAAUCCAACCAAUGUAAGCAAUAUAAACAUAAAUAAUUCAACUAAGGAGCAUGAAAAAAAUAUCAAUACCAACAACAACAACAAAAAGACCAUCAAACAUGCACUUCGACAACAAGCUAAGAGAAGAAGAAAAAACACAACAAUCGCUUCCGGCAAUUCCACCACGACCCCAAGAAUAAUCGUUAAGCCUCUACCUCCACAAGCAGUUGAAGAAGUAACUGUGACCACAGUGCCUACAAGUAGAACACCAACAAUGCGUGAAGUUCUCGCUUCUAUCCCAGGUUUCACCAUGAGGCCCAGGAAACGUACAAACAAGAAACUGUCAACGGCCGCACAACUCGAACAGACAAAAGAGGGCUGUAUUGACUUGGAAACCCCCGACUCCAUAUUAGUUAACACAAACCUGAGACAUUUGUUGAAUAAAGCCACUUUUGCUUCUUUGCCCCUUCUGUACCAAAAUAAGCUAGUGCAGUUGUUGCCUAGUGUCGACAGACAUGUUGUUAGUAAUUCUGCGGACCCCAAUACCUUGGAAAUAAAUAAUUCAGGUUUGAAUAAUGAAUUUUUUGCGAGGGCAUGUCUUGAAUGGCAAGACCGCUUGGCGGAGGGAGAGUUUACCCCAGAAAAUCAACAGAAAUUAAAAUUGGAAGCAGACAAGGAAAGGAGCAAGUUGGACCCUUGGAAACUAAAACAUUUCGAGCCGAUUUGGGGGGAUAGAUCCUUGGAUAAUGCCGAGUCCGUUUCGUCUACAUCUUCUGUAAAUAGUACGGUAAAUUGUAAUACCCGCCCUCCUAUUAAGACUACAAUUAAAUUAAGACCAUCAACAACUUCCUUAACCAAGCAAAGCAAAGCUUCGGUAGCACCGCCCGUUAAAAGAUUACGAACUGUUGGCGCCAUGACGAGAUCGUGCACCAGCAUGAAGGUGAACGAAUUGAAUAUACCCGCAGAAAACAAAAUACCCAUCCCGGAUCUUUUACCCAUCAAAUCCACUAAACAAGUACAAAAGGAUGAAGUCCAACCCAAGGCUGAAAAUACUGUAACAACAGACAAAGAGUUGUCUGCUCCUAGUGAUAAUAAUACCGUAGAACUUCAAGAUAAAUGUAUAGUUAAUAUCAGUGAUACUAUUCUAAAGACUAAUGAAGAGACAAUCAUUAUUUGUACGACUAAGUCUGACAAACGAAGGCGUUCUUCGAGCCUAGAUUCUGACCGAAGGUCUCCCAAACGUAAAACUCCAAGCCCGUUAGUGAAGAGUCCCCUGCCUACGCCCAUGGACACUUCCGAACCCGAUAACGAGAAUCCCAUCAAAGAAUUAGUCGCAGAAGAUAACGUAGAAGUCACUAGCGAGGCACCCAGCGAUGAUGAUAAAAUCAGUGAGCAGCUGUCUGAAAACGCUUUGGAAAAUGUCGAUGACGAUACUAUGUGUGACUACGAAAAAGAUAAGAUUUUAGAUGAGAACAGUAGCAGUUCUAGCAGCAUUGCCACUCACAAUAUAGAAGAGAACUCGAGUAACGAGACCAUAGAAACGGUAGAUUCCUUGCAGCUGCACGUUGAUUACAAAGAAGACACGAAUCAAACCGAUGAAACUUCUUCAACUACCACCACCACCGAUGCGAAAUCGGAAAGGGAAGAACAGGAAGAAAGCAUGACUUCCACACCGGACAUCACAGACGUCGUUAUGGAACCCGAUCCCUUGCAACUACACGAAAACGAGAGCAAUGAGUCCCAAUUAGACGAGAAGAUAAUAUACACAGUAGAAAACGCAGAUUUACACGAUCAGGAGAGCCAACAGAGUCAAGGCGAAGCUCAUAUGAACAUGGAGGGCACCAGCGAGAACCUUCCCCAGAAUGAACAUCCUCCCGAACAGCCGACUAUAGAAGAUACGUUUCAAAUCCUACCAAAUACCCUCAUUUUACAGCAGGAGUCUAUAGUUAUUGAUACGAAAACGGCUUGUUCGGAUAGUUGUGAGGAGAACGUGAGCUGUAUAAUAGCAGACUCGGCCGAAAAACUAGUGGCCAGUGUAGAACAGUGCGAUUUAGUGAUGGCCCAGCUGUCCGAAACCAAUUUCGAAAAUGUCAGAAGCAUUCCAGACGAAGACGAUAGAUUUAUAGAUGCGGAAAACUAUGUGCUUGAAUCGGGACAGAUCACUAUAUCCACAUCGGAAAAGAUCGAGAAAGAAAGAAGCGAAGCGGAUAUCCAAGCCACGUUGUUCGGGGCAAACGUAUCAAGAGCUGCCAGCGAAAGAUGCUGCUGGGACAUGGUAGACUCCAGUACGGAGAAGCUACUCCAAGUACCACCGCUGCAUUCCCUGGAGCCUUCUGUCGCAACCGCAACCGUUAGUAAGCUGGACUCCAUAGACCACGUACAGGUCAUACCGAUGCAGGAGGAGUUGGAAGUGCGGCUGGAAGAAGGAACUUUUCCUGUGAUAUUAAACGAUUGGACGUAUGACGUCAAAAUGGACUCGGACAUGGUAGCAGCGGCCCUCGGCAGUGCCGAGACGGACGCUAAGGAAGCCCCAAAACAGAACGCUUCGUACACGGAAUUCAGCGGGAACCAAGUGAAACUUGAACUGGAAGUGACUCUAACCCCGGAAAUCAUCAGUUCGGACAGUAUGAUAACUAGUACCGUUAGCACUAGCAGCAGCAACGGGUGCAACUCGGCGGUAACUCCAUCCGUGAGUAAAACGCUUACUACGGUGAUACCUCCCACUACCAUAGUCUGCUUACCUUCAGUGGUGAGCACGGCGCCCGUGCUGAACUUAAAAAACGAGGUGUCGCAGUGCCCCACCCUGCCCCGGCCCAACAUGGUGCAGAGCUCCAGCUCGUUGCCCUACCUAGCUUUAACGACCAGUCAGCCCAUCAGAGCGGUUCCUACGCACAGCAAGUCCAAACCAAAGAGUUCCCAGGGCAGUUCUGGGAACCGUAACCGCAGCAACAACAAGCCGCCGCCCGGCGCCGUCAACUUGGAGCGUAGCUACCAAAUCUGCCAGGCUGUCAUUCAGAACAGUCCGAACCGCGAUCAGUUACGUUGCCAGCUAAAACCGCCGCCUUCCCUCUUGGCCGCCGCGCAGGUCAACACCGGCAAGAAGAGCGACGGCAACAGGCAAACUCAGUACAGUUCGGUGACGUCUUCGAGGGGCUCGAAUAAGACCUUCACGCCCCCAUUGCCGGCUCCCGGGAACUAUCAGAUGGUACAGGGUGGUAACGGCAUAAAAAGCGUAGGGCCUAAGGUGAGGGCCGUUCCUUACCAGCACCAGAGGCAGCAGAGUCCGCCGGUGGUCGUUAGGCACGUCUUUACUUCGGGGCAAGGGAUACCAGUGACGAUGGCUGUUUUGCCGCAAGCGCCUUCUUUAAGUCCUGAGGUAGUGGAAGCCCAAGGCCAGGUGGGCGCCGUCGGCCAGUACAUCCUCGUGCAACGGGCCGGCGUGAAUGACCACAACAACAUUCCCCGCUCUUCGAGCGCGCCCCCCUCCCAACAGCAACUCGGCGGAGCCAUAAACACGGGCAGUGUCUCACACAUCGUCUCCGUCGGCGCCAGGGGUCGACCUGCCAGUGUCGAGGCCGAACACCCCUCCCUGCAGUCGCAGCCCUCCAACGAUUUCAUCGUCCAGUGUCCCAACCCGGGCACCCAGGCGGUGACGAGGAGGCAACGGUUACCUCCGGGCGUGGUCUACGGGGACGUCAGCGUGGAUAGUCCGAUGCACAAUUACACGAUCAUCGGCGAGAACGUCAUGGUGGACCAUCCGGGCGCGGCGAUGCAGCCCCAGAUGGUCCUCCAGAAGAGCAGCAAGCCGGGGGACUCCUGCGCCUGCAGCCUGAAGGCGAUGGUGGUCUGUAAGAAGUGCGGCGCCUUCUGCCACGACGACUGCAUAGGACCCAAUAAGUUGUGUCGUACUUGCUUCAUACGGUAGGCUAUUGUUUAUAUAAGUUAUUUCAUCGAGUUUGUCUGGCGGUAGGCGGUGGUUUUGAUGUACGUGUCGGGAGGCGUUCUAAAUUUUUUUUUUUAGGUUACCGCGUUGUCGUCUCACGCUCUGUCACUGAAAACGUUCGAAUGGCGAAUUUUUUAUUUGAACCCUGUUGAUAAGCUAAGCUUAUGUAAAUGUGUAAAAUAUUUUUAGCUGCGGUAUGACCAAACGAAACAUUUUCGAUUGAUUUUUUAGUAAAGUUUCUGUCGAAACAAAAAUUAUGGAACAAUCCAAUAAAAAACAGGUUUUUGACAGGUGAUGACAUUAUCGAUUUUUUCUUCUACAACCCGCCAUUUUUUGUUACUGAAAUUUUGAAAUAAAAUUUCAUUUAGCGAACAAAAUUUUGUUACCUACAAAUAAAAAGCUAAUAAAUUAUUCUGUUCAACAAAUAAUAUUAAAACAUUCAUUCAAAUCCAAAUGGAUGGUUUCCGUUUAAAAAAUCGACAAAAUCAAUGCCAUUGUUUUUUUUUUUCAAAAAAAAAAAGCUAUUUUAUCCAAUUUGCUCCAUAAUUUAGUUGGCUCACUAUAUAAAUGAGAAGAUUUUAUCUUUUAUGCAUUUAACCUACAAAAUAAUUUAAUUAAAUAGUCCUUGUUUAUUUGAUCUUUGUCUGCCGUUUUUUAUAUUUUUCAAUACAUCGAUCCAAUCGGUAGAAUUGAAAUUUUAAGCAAAUCAAUUAAAAGGUUUUAAUUUUUUUUUGUUAUUGCUCUACUUUUAAAAUGAAUUUUAUUCCAAAUACAUACUGAACAUUGUGAGAACAGUUCGCAGGCAUAAUUUCGGAAGAGGUAUAAUUUAAUCGGCGAUAUACAGGCUGUUCCGAUUUAGGGAUGUGCAAGAUGGGCCAAAUUUGACAUUUUUGGGGGUUUUCUUAAAAAGUAGUUCAGAUGUCACUGUCUCGAUUUCCCAGAAAAGGUGACUAGCAAAAAUCGUAUCUCGUUACCGAAGGACCAAAAUUGAAGGAUGUUCUGUAUCCCUUUAACAAAUCAGUAAUAAUAAUAAUAAUAAUACGUAAUGCUUAAUAAUGUAAAAACAUUAUGUAGUCAAAAUCUAUUACAAUAAAAGUGUCAAAUUUGGUCCAACCUGUACAAACCGUCAGCGUAAUAAAUAAAAGUGAAAUAUCUUUAUCGAAAGAAACCUAAAAGUUCGUAUAUCUGGAAACUUUAACUUUCUAAGAUUUGCAAAUCUGAAACGGUGCGAUUUUUUUUAGGUAGUAAUUUAAAAAAAAUUGUAGUUACAAUUUUCUUUAUCCGAAAUUUAAUAUGACGUCAAUAUUGUUCGCCCCUCAAAAUAUCUCCAAAUCAAUUUCUUUAAAUUUUAAAUACAAAUUUAAAAAUGAAACUACCUAUUUUAAUUUUUUUUUUUUUUUUUCAUUUAAUUCUUUCUUGGUUCAA